AGCUUCGGUUGCGGGUUGCGGGUUGCCGGUCUGCCCCAGGGUUUUAAUUGAUUUUCUGUAGUUUGUUCAAGUUUUCAAGAAACCCCUUUUUUCUAAUGUUUGGCCUGCGGGAACUGCGAAACUUUUGAUUUAUGUGAGCAAAUUUCGAGCACUUCGGGCCGCCCACGGUGGCGUAUGCGUAAUUACGGCCUUUUGGGUGGCAAAAGUUUUUCCGGGCCAGCUCUGGUAGCAGCUUUGCUAAUUAAUUGCGCUUCGGCGCAGCUGCCGAAAGGUGAAAGAAUUGCCCACAGAAAGGUGCAAAUGAUACAAGUGGUUGCCCCAUCAGGCACACACUGGCACACACACACCCACGCAUGUAUAAUAUAUACAAGUGUGUGCGCGCCUGUGUACGUGAUGGGAAUGUCAAAAGCAGGAUGAGGCCUCGAACCGAUGACACGCCCACUCAGCAAGGGAAAUAAAACAGUUUGGCACCAUUUUUCACAGGCAAAACUAAGCACGAGACGUUGUGGCGUACCCUCCCCUCUCUCCUUCUCUCUCUACGAGUAUGUGUGUGUGUCUGUGCAGUUGAAACUUGAACGACGAGGAUGCUCCAAUUGUGCACCAUCUACGCCUGCGCCAACGGAACGCUGGGCCUGAACUUGAGUCGUGCCCCCUGGGACCCGUAUCCGUGGGUCAGCGGGGUGCAGGAGAAAUCAAAUGCGGCGCGCGGCGGUGUCCGUCUUGGCGAUACUCUGCUGGAGCUGAAUGGAGUGGACAUACUCGGCCUGCGGAUCAGUGAGCUGGCCAAUCGCCUGGCAGAGCACUGGCAGAGUGGGGCCGAGUGUGUGACCAUGAUGGUGUGGCGCCAGCAGGCGGCCCUCACAUCGUCCGAGGAUGCCGAGGAGGCAUCCCAUGCUGUGCAGCAUGGAAUUAAUCAACAAUCGCUGCAAAAGUUUGCAACAUGCCUUCAACAUAUUUCCCAAUUACUGGAGUGUCCUGUGUGCCUUGAGGUCAUCAAACCACCUGGAUGGCAGUGCUGCAACGGACACGUGCUCUGCAAUAAUUGCCGCAGCCGGUCCGUGAAGUGUCCGGUGUGUCGUGUGCCACUGGGGCCCAGGGGCCGCUGCCUGCUGUCGGAUAAAUUAUUCACCCUGCUGGCGGAGAACUUUCCCUGCGAUGGCGGAAAAGCAAAAGCCAACAAGGUGACUGCGGACCAGGACCAGGACCAGGACCCAGACCCGGACCCGGAGGGCCAGCGAAAACCGAGCAGCGUCAACAAGUGCACAAAUGAAUAUCAUAAUCAACCAAAAAUGGCGCUGGCCAAGUCGAACUCUGGCAAGAAGUGCGGCAAACAAAUCUCCAGGCAACUGCAGCUGGACGCAGUGGCAGUUGUGGUUCUGAAUGGGACAGACAGCGGAGCAGGUGGGUGUGAUGGGGGCGGCGACUCCCCGUUGCAGCAGCACCGGCAAAUGCCAAAGGGAAAUGAGGCAAAUGCUCGAAUUCGAAAUAAUGUCGCCGACAACAACCGCAACAGCAGCAGGGACGAGAGCAGCAGCCAGGGCCAGGAUGAGAACAAGAAGGUCCUGCAACGUUGCACACUGAUAAAAGUGCAGCACCAGGAGACUCGUUUCAACGAGGCGGAGCAGAAGAAGCAGCUCCUCGAGCUCGAGAGCAACAAUAUGCUCGUUAAACCAAAGUUAAAGUUGAGUAAGAAAAGUUGGCGGCUUACAGGCAAAGAUCAAGACGGAUUGCGCAGUGAUGAAGUUGCAAACAUAAAUACUGGGCAGCACCAGGAGCCGGAGCAGGAGCAGGAGCAGGAGCAGGAGCAGGUGAUGCAGUCAGCUGGAGGCGGCAAAGGCCAGCUGCUAUUUCAAAAUUAUCAUUGCCCCACUGGGAAAUCAUGUAUCUCCAGCUGCAACAGCAUCAGGAGCAGCAGCGCGGCGCUGAAACUUUCCCAGCCAGCGGGACAGCCCAAAUUGUCAACCGUCAAAGAUGGGGCCAGCAGCGCAGAGGCGGCGGCCACUCCUGCGGCAGCCGAAAUUGCAGCGGCCACCUUAUCAGUGGGGAGCCAUAAACAGGCGCCAGCAUCUGAAGUAAAUCAGGCAACGUCAUCCCUAGUUUCGGGGUCGACGGCUGCGUCAUCAAUAAAGUCCUGCGAGUGGCAGCUCCUGAGGCAUCUUAGCAGCGAGCACCGCCUGGCCGUGCUGCAGUCCUACGGCACGUUCGGGGAGCGGCUGCACGUCCAGCUGCCGUCCCAGCAGGCGGUGGCAUGCCUCAGUCUGAGCGAGGAUGUCAGCCCGGGCCACGAGAAUGUCAGAGUGCACACAUUUUUCCUGGCUGUCAUACCGAUCGGCACAGGGCAGGGGCAUGCCGCCUUCCUCUGGCACCUGGACCGGCCACAGGAGGAGCCACAGCCCCACUUUGAGACUGUCAUCGAGACACAGUGCGGGCGUGUCAAGUGGUUCGGUCCAGCCCAGUCACUCAGCCGCAGUUGGCCGGAGAUUGCUGCAUCUGGGCAUUUCCUCACCUGCCCCAGCCUGGAGAAGAACGCCUGCGCAGCCUUUGAUAUCACAGUGAAAGCAAAGUCCUUCCGGAGUCGCCAGACUUCUUGCCAGAAUCCUUAACCAUUUAGCCUUAGACUAAGCCCACUUAGUGAUUAGUUUAGCUUAGUGAUUAGUGAAGACUGCAAAUGAAUUUUCCCCUAUAGAAUCUGUGUACUUUACUACCAAUUUUCAUGGCACUCCCAAAGUAGUUCAGAAAUAAAAUAAAAACCCAAAUGCAAAUACAAAUGGAGCGUGGAAUCAAAGUCUCUUGACGAGCCUUGACGGCUGUAUGCUUUGUAAAUUAUAUUUGCAUUUUUUUUGGUGCCAAUGCUCGUGUUCGUGUAUUUAUUCGAAAAAAUGCCAAACGCAAUUUGGAAAUGUG